UAUGUCUUUCCUGUGUAGGUUUGCAGUGUCUCACUGUUAGAGCUUAUAACUUUGACACCUGGCCAUGACUGCAAGCAUGGGGAACAGGGCAGGUCAAGUCCAUGCAGCCUCUGGGUCUUGCUGGUAGGUUUACACUUGGGGGCUUUGUGGUGCCCACAGGAGUGUGGGAGGUGAGAGUGGGAUACCUUACUUGAGUUGGGCACAUGGCCAUGGAGCAGAACAUUCCUGAGGGGCUUCGUGGUCAGUCAGAAUGAGUCCUACCCUCCCUGAAGAUGGAUGCCCCAAAUUGGGUCUUGAAGGAGCCAGCUGCAUCCAGUUAGUUGAGGGUUCAUUGCUGUGAGCAAGGCCCAGGUAGGCUUUCUGGUCCGUUUCUGUGAGCAUUGCCAUGUGUCCACUUGGUAUUGCCCCUGCCCUGGAGAACCAAAUUUUUGUGGCACCAGCAUGCUGCAGGGUCCUGGGAAGACGUAGCUGUUGAACAGCCACAACUGCCCCCACAUGCAGGGUGGGGAAGGACAUGUGUGCAGUAAUGACUAGGCACAGUCCAGAGGCCAGGCAAUGUGAUGGGUGACCCCACGUGGGGGCCCCCAGUAUCUCCUCUCUUCUUUUGUGUCCCUCUACCCCCACAUAGCUCUCCCUCCAUCCUGGUCAUUCAUUGUCUAGAAAAUCAGGACGGACCUAGGGGAAUGGGCUAGGCUGCUCAUGGAAUGUCCAUUCUGCAAAGGAAGGGACUUUGUGAGGGGCAGCAGUGAGGCAAAGAUGAGACCUCCCUGUGCACCAGGCCAUAGAGGAGGGAGGGCACUGCACUUUGCUGGGCAGACAACAGCAGUGGCCUUGGAGUCAGAUACACAUGUGGGCAAGUGUGUGGUGGCACGUAUGUCUGGGUAGGAAAGUCAGGACCAGAAAAGAACAGGGAGUCUUGUGGGACUUGCUAGAUAAAAACAUAUAUUAUUGCAGUAGGAAACUUGGGAGAGGCAAAGGAGCUAGGAACUGGUCAUUUAAGAGAUGGCAGCAUCAAUGAGCUCCUCUGGGUCCCUUUCUCUUAUCUCUCUUCAGCAGGGGAAAGGUGUCUGUUUCCUAAAUCCUUCUCCAGGGCGUUUGCAUGUGGUGUGAUGGUCCCAGAAUAGCAGUGCUUUAGCCAGAUUACUCUGGUUGGCCUACAUUGCAGAUUAGGAAAGCAGUGCCCACCUGGGGCCCUGCUGGAGAGCUGCCCUGGGCUAGAGGACUGGGUGUCCUCAAGCAGAGUGGCCUGUCCUUCCUGGGCCUUACCGCCAGUCUUUUGGGCACCAGCUGCUCCUUGGGGACCUCCAAACCUUACCAGGUAGCCCACAAACAGAGCCCUACAGGGGUAAGCCAGCUCACCUCAUGCCUUCCCAAGGUCCCCCUCUGGGGUGGUGCCUACCUCCCAGCCCCCUAGCUCAGUGCCUGCUUCCAUUCCUGAUUCCCAUCCUCUGAGGCUCCUAGGGUGAGGAAUAGCCUUUUCCCUCUGCUGAGCGGGUGGUGCUGGCUGCAGUGGGAGGGAUUUAGUGCUCAGAGGGUGAGGAGCAGGCAAAGAUUACCUCUCCUCCCAGCUUAUCCAGAGCAGCCCCAAGCUGAGGACAGAGGCUGCACCCCACCCAGAAGGGAUGUCAGGACCAAGACCUGUUGUCCUGAGCGGACCCUCAGGGGCUGGGAAGAGCACCCUGCUGAAGAAACUCCUUCAGGAACAUAGCAGCAUCUUCGGCUUCAGCGUGUCCCACACUACAAGAGAUCCGAGACCAGGAGAAGAGAACGGCAAAGACUACUACUUUGUGACCAGGGAGGUGAUGCAGCGGGACAUUGCUGCUGGAGACUUCAUCGAGCAUGCUGAGUUCUCAGGGAACUUGUAUGGGACCAGGCUCCUCUCACCUGGCUUUCAAGCUUGGGAGUGUCUUGACACAGCUGGGCCCAGGCACACCUCUGUGCACAGCUGGUCCUUGAGCCACCUGGCUAGCAAAGCAGCUGUGCGGGCCGUGCAGGCCAUGAACCGCAUCUGUGUGCUGGAUGUGGACCUGCAGGGUGUGCGCAACAUCAAGAAGACUGACCUGCAGCCCAUCUACAUCUUCGUGCAGCCACCCUCACUGGAUGUCCUGGAGCAGCGGCUGCGGCAGCGGAACACAGAGACGGAGGAGAGCCUGGCUAAGCGUCUGGCUGCCGCCAAGGCUGACAUGGAAAGUAGCAAGGAGCCCGGCUUGUUUGACCUGAUCAUCAUCAACGACAGUCUGGACAAGGCCUACUGGGCCCUGAAGGAGGCGCUCUCUGAGGAAAUUAAGAAGGCUCAAGCAACGGGUCACUCCUGAGGAGCCCCACUGGCUAAAUCCUCCCAGGAGGGGCUUAGGGUCUGGCACCCACCCCCCAUGGGCCACGGUUUCCCAGCAGUGGCUCUACUCACCUCAGCCAGAACCCAGGAAUUGGGCUGCUACCCAUCUUCCCUUGCUCCCCCACCAUGGUUGGAGGACCUUGUCUCUCACCCCUACCCCCAUGCCCAUUUCUAGGCUCCUUCCCCCACCCCACCCCUUUCCCCCCAAAUAAAGAACUAUUGGUUUA